AUGCAAUGCUGUGCGGUGCAGUGUUGCCAAGCUUCCACGUUGGACGACAAGCACGUUAUCACAAUUUACCAGGAGCAAAUCUUGUUGCCUGACAGGGACGAGUCUGAACUACUUGUUGAGCCACGGCAAGACAAGGACGUGGUCGAAGAAUGCAGCUCGAAAUCCCUCACUGCAUUCGGUGAACAUAUUCCUGUAACUGACGGGGCUGCCAAGACCGCAAGAUCGAAGGGCCAACGAGUAUCCUUUAUCAAACUCUUUUCGCAAGUUGAUGCUGCGGAAGCCCUAGUGUUGGCUGUUGGCCUUGUGAGUGCUGUUUGCCACGGGAGUGCCCACCCGUUCAUGACUGUUAUACUCGGUGAUUUCAUCAGCACCUUCAGCAACGGAAGUGCUGAGGAGGCACUGCUCGAAACUGAGCGGCUAUGCCUCAUGAUGUGUCUUGUCGGCGGAGCAGCGAUGAUAGCAGCGACUCUGCAAGGGGGAUGCUUCAAGAUCUUCUGUGAGUCACAGACCACGAAGUUCCGAAUCAUGUACUUCCAAGAUGUGUUGCACCAGGACGUCAGCUGGUUCGACACGAAGGAGGUCUCCGCGCUGCCGGCCGAGAUCGAGAAUGACUUGUCCCAGAUCCAAGAUGGCCUUGGUGACAAGCUUGGCAAUGGCAUCAUGGCGUUUUCAGCUUUCGCUGGCAGCUUUGGAGUGGCAUUCAGCAUCGGCUGGCAAUUGGGCCUCGUUCUCACUGCAAUGCUUCCACUGCUGCUUCUGGGAUCUUACUUUCUAAGUCAGGCUUACAAACAGGUGCAGAUGGAGUCUCAGGCAUGGUACAGCAAAUCGGCGAGCGUCGUGGAGGAGUGCCUUUACGGCAUACGCACUGUGGUGGCCUUCGGUGGCGAGCAGAGGGAGCUCGCAAGGUUCACUUCGGCGGUCACCUUGACACGCAAAGCGGGAAUCUGGAACGGUGUCAAGAUGGGCUUGGGCACUGGCUAUUGCUGGUUCAUGGAGUAUGCAAACUACGCCCUAGCUUUCUUUGUGGGAAUGACUUUUGCUUACAAUCGGGACAUCAACCCCGGAACUGGGGAGGUGUGGAAGACUGGCGACAUCAUGUCCAUUUUCUUCAGCAUCUACAACGGUAGCUUCAUGUUGGGUCAGAUCAACCCGAGCAUCAAGGCCAUGGAGGCUGCCAGGAUGGCGACAGAGCAUGUUUUCGAGGUUCAUGGGAGACAGUACAGCCAGCUUGCCAUCCAGCGCUGGGACAGGGACGAGCGAAAGGACAUCGCCGACGUUGAGACGUUUGCUUUUGACCAGGUGCACUUCCACUACCCAGCACGACCGAACGUGAGAAUCCUGUACAAUGUGUCACUUACCAUUCGUCGCGGACAGAAGGUGGCCUUCGUGGGCGAGUCAGGGUCUGGCAAGAGUACUCUCCUUGCCCUCCUUGAACGCUUCUAUGAUCCGACGUCCGGCGCCAUCUACGUGAACGGCUGCGACAUGCGCACCUUGAAGAACCUGAUUGGCGCGCUUCGCAAGUGCAUUGGCUACGUGGGUCAGGAGCCCGUGCUUUUCUCACAGUCUAUCCAGGCAAACAUCAUGCUGGGGAACCCCAGGGCCACGAAGGAACAGUUUCAGCAAGCUUGCAUGGAUGCGCAACUGGACUUUGUCGACGAUCUUCUUGAGAAGUACAGCACCUUCGUGGGGGCCGGUGGCGGCCAGCUGUCCGGGGGACAGAAGCAGAGGAUCGCUCUGGCAAGGGCCUUGCUGAAAGAGGCUUCCUUCCUCUUCUUGGAUGAGGCGACAAGUGCCCUGGACAACGCUUCCGAGAAGAUGAUCCAGCAGACAAUCGACAGAAUUAGCGCCCAGACGAAAGGUUUGGGAAUCGUCAGCAUCGCGCACCGCCUCAGCACGAUCCGCAACUCGGACAUGAUAUACGUUCUGAGCAGAGGCCAGGUCGUGGAGCAGGGGACGCACGAAAGCCUCAUGAAAGAGAACGGCGUGUACCAUGCGCUCGUCGCGGCGCAAGAAUCCUCGAACUCCUCGGAAGAAGCGGAAGCCGAGCAGGAAACCGAGCAGGCGAAAUUCCCCAACGGCCCCAACGGCCCCAACGAGUCCGAGACGGAUCGUAAGGAGCCCGAGGAGAAGCAGGACGUUGAGCACAUGCGACAGAAGAAAAUAGCGGCCGACUACAGAGUUCCCAUGUUGCGGCUCCUCAGCUACAACAAGCCAGAGUGGCCAUUCUUCGUGCCAGCAGUGCUGGGAGCUCUAAUCGAAGGGUCAGCCAUGCCAGUUUGCUCUGUUGUGCUGGUGCGAUCAAUGGAUGCCUUUAACAAGCUGGGGACAGAGGCCCUCAGAGAUGAGGGCCACGACGAGAUCUCCUUCACUUGCAUACUCUUCCUCCUCAUCGCGUCCUCGGUCCUGGUCGGCUGCGUCUUCGAGCACGGUGGUUUCGCCAUUCUGGCCGAGUCGAUGACGCAAAGGCUUCGGGUGGCGAUCCUCAAGGCUAUCUUUUGCCAGGAAAUUGGCUUCCAUGACGACGCGGAGAACACCCCGGGCAUGAUGUCCAAGGCGCUGGAGCUCUGGACCUUCCGUGUGAGCAUGCUUUGCAAGGCCAUCGGCGCCAAGGCUGCCAUGAUGAGCUCCGUAGCCGUUGGCAUCGCGAUUGCCUUCGCCUUUUGCUGGCAGAUGGCCUUGGUCUUGCUGGGCUCGGUUCCCAUCAUGGCAGCUGCCAACGCGGUGCAGGCACUGGCAGUGGUGAAGGCCUCGAAGCUGGAGAACGAAAGCGUCAGGCUUGCAGGGCAGAUUGUGAACGACUCGGUGAUGAAUGCCCGGACAGUCCACGCCCUGGGCGCGGAGAAGGACUUGGUGCAAGUCUACAUCUCAAUGGUCUCCCAAAUCACUCAAAACAUGUGGAGGCGGAAUCUUCUGGCAGGCCUUGGCUUCGGGAUUGCCAAUGCUGUGAUCUUCUUCGUCCUUGCCGGGGGCUUCUACUACGCCUCCUUCCUGGUGAGUGAGGGCGUGGUCAGCUUCAAGGGUGCCAUGACGGCUUUCACGGGCAUCGUUUAUGCCGGCAUGGGCGCGGGGCAGGCGGCCAUGUUCAUGGGCGACGCAGCAAAGGCCAAGGUGGCCUGCCACGACAUGUUCAAGCUUCUGGACCGCGUGUCCAAGAUAAACGGGCUGGAGCCCGAGGGCGAAGCUCCAAGUGAGCUGGAUGCCGGAACUCUUGAAUUCGAGGCCGUUGGCUUCGUGUACCCCUUCCGGCCGGAGGUGCAGGUACUCAAGCGCAUGACUUUCCGGAUUGAAGCAGGACAGUCCGUAGGCUUGGUGGGCCCUUCCGGAGGUGGAAAGACCACAGUGAUGUCUCUCAUCCAGCGCUUUUACGAUCCCCAAGAGGGCGGCGUGUACAUUGGGAAGGCCCGCAAGCCUCUCAAUGAGCUGAACAUUCGCUGGUGGCGCCGGCAGAUUGGCUUUGUCGAGCAAGAGCCCAUGCUGUUCAAUACCACUGUGCGCAACAACAUCUUGUAUGGCCUGGAAGAGGGUGAAUCCGUGUCCGAGGAGCACAUCAAAAGAUGCGAGGAAAUGUGCAACCUCGAGUUCCUCUACAAGCCUGGGAACCGUGGCCUAGCCACGGAGGUCGGGCCCCGGGGCUCCCAUCUCUCCGGCGGACAGAAGCAGCGUGUGUCCAUAUGCCGAGCACUCAUCCGCAACCCCGCGCUGAUGCUCAUGGAUGAAGCUACCAGCGCCCUCGAUUCACAAAGCGAAGCACUGGUUCAGAAAGCACCUUUAUACACCCGUUCUGCGUGCCCUUAA